AUGACCGACGAAUCUACUAACCCACCUGUACCACCUCAUAUUCGAGUUAACUCGGGCCAACAUGACCCAUUCGAAGAUGAAGAAAAUGGGGUGCCAGCUCCCCGGCCACAGUCCAUCGGACGGGCCUUGACGCCUGGAAUGGUGCCGUCAAACUCCUCAGGCACGAUACAAACGGUGUACGGAUCACCCGUGGCUCAAGAUUCGACAGAAUUCUUAAUACCCCCCAAACCGCGUGGACGCCGCGAGGAUUACGAUAGCGCGCAGUCGCCGAAUCUGUCUAUGGUCUCGUCACGACGGACCAGCUGGAGCUCUGGGGAUACGCGAAAAUACUCUUACACGCGAAUGGAAGAAUCGCGAGCGCCGUCACGCGCGGGCAGCGAUGACAACGAUGUCAACACGCAAACCGUGACCGAAAAGUUCAAUAUCAUGCCGACGGAGGGAUUACUUCUAUUCCCGGAGGACGUGGAGAAGGAUGAUUACCUGCAUAACCCGGACCCCAAUGACCGCGAAAAAGAGUGCGAUAUCUGGAAUCGUCGAGGCAUGAUCAACGUGGGUGGGUUGGUUCUGCUGACUCUCGGGUUUAUAGUCUUGUUUGUCGGCUAUCCUGUAAUAACUGCCGUGAAAAAUCUAGAAAAAGGGGGAAGCACGGUAUGUGAAGCCGGAGACACACUCUGUCUCGACGUAGGAGAGCGACCGGUACUGUCGAAUCUACGGAAGGGACUAAUAGAUCCCGACACGCCGGACUCUGCGAAGACGAAGAAGUCCGUCGACGGCAAGGAGUGGAAGUUGGUGUUCUCCGAUGAAUUCAAUACCCCUGGGCGCACGUUUUAUGAUGGAGAUGAUCCCUACUAUCAGGCAGUGGACAUCUGGUAUGGUGUCACACAGGAUCUAGAGUGGUACGAUCCCGACGCUGUGACUACAAGGGAUGGCGUUCUAGAAUUGAGAUUCGAUGCCUUCAAGAACCACGAAUUGAAGUACCGCUCCGGAAUGGUCCAAAGUUGGAAUAAACUCUGCUUUACAGGAGGACGGCUGGAAGCCAGUAUAUCCUUGCCCGGCUCCGGCGAUGUUUCGGGAUUCUGGCCUGGUUUCUGGGCGAUGGGGAAUCUCGGCCGGCCUGGAUACGCCGCGACGACGGAUGGUAUGUGGCCAUACAGUUAUCAUGACAAAUGUGACCCGGGAAUCACUCCCAAUCAAAGCUCACCGGACGGAAUCAACUUCCUGCCCGGAAUGCGUCUUCCGGCCUGCACAUGCGAUGGGGGAGACCAUCCGACCCAAGGGAAAUCCCGAAGUGCACCCGAAAUUGACGUGAUCGAGGCCAGCGUUAUCCCGUUGAACAACAACCCCAACGCGGUCGUUGGCUCGGUGUCGCAGAGUUUGCAGAUGGCUCCGUUUGACGUAUGGUAUAUGCCCGAUUAUGAAUUCACCGCUGUGUAUGACCAGAAAAUCACAGAGCUCAACAGUUACCGCGGAGGUGAAUUCCAGCAGGCGAUGUCCGGUCUCACGAACUUGAACAACGACUGGUACAACGGCUCGGCAUAUCAAUCCUAUGCUUUCGAGUACACUCCGGGCGCCGAGGGGAAUGUCACCUGGUUUGUCGGUGAGGAUAAGACGUGGACCCUAGACGGGAGGGCGAUCGGGCCUAAUGGCAACAUUGGCCAGCGAACAAUCCCAAUGGAACCGUUGGCUGUCGUUAUGAACUUAGGCAUGGCGUUGAGCUUUGCCGCCAUCAACGACUCUAUCAAAAGCUAUAUGCCCGGUUAUAUGCGGUUCGAUUACAUCCGUAUUUAUCAAGACCCCGACGAAGUUAGCGUGACUUGCGAUCCUCCGGGGUACGAGACGACCGAUUACAUCAAAGAGCAUCCCAAAGCGUAUAACAAUGUGAAUAAGACAACAUGGUAA